ACUCACCAAAGGGGAUUUUUUUCCGACGACGUUUGGAUGAUAUCGAACGUCACUGAUGACGUCAUCUCUCCGCCAAAACUGGACGAGGAUGUGAUAGUUCGGCGAGCGGGAGUCCUAAGUGAUUAAGUUGCAGGGGAAAGGGCGACACUCUGCGCUGACAUGCAAGUGUGUAAAUGGGCAUUCUUGCUGCUUCUCGCGGGUCCACGCUGGACGCUGCAGGAGGAGGGGGAAGAGGACGACACAGUGGCAGGAGACGUCGGCGUCCAUCAGCAGGAGCGGCUGGUGGAGCUGCUGACCUCCCUGGAGUGCCAAAAACUCCUGGUCGCCCUCUCCAAUCCGGAGGAAAACGUCGCAGAGCACGGCGACAGCCUCUCGCUGGAACACAACCACCUCCGCGCCAAGAGAGACACGGCCUCGCUCCAAGACGGCGAGUCCGAGUGCAGGGUGGCCCUCGGAGCCUGGCUGGAGAAGUACGGCGCAGAGAUGUACUACGACCGCCUCUCCCGGGCCCUGCAACACAUCGGCAGGACGGAUGUCGCCCUCGAGGUCGGCAAGAACAUCAACCAGGACAAGAUCUUGAACCUGCAGCGCUACGCCGAAGGAUAUCACCGGUUUGCCAGCUCCCUGAAGUCCCGGGAGGUGCGACCGCAAAAAGGCCAGAAGAUCAGGAAGAAACGGGUGUCGGAGCUGACGUGGCACGACCUGGACCUGGUGGUGCUGCGGCCCCCCGUCGCCGCCUACGCCAGGGGCCCCUUGGACGUGGCGCUCCCUCUCCUGUACGGCGUCCUGCUGGGCUUCGGAGGCACCUUGCUGGCCGGGGCCGCCGCCCUCCUCGCCGGCCUGCGCGUGGCCCGCUGGAACCGACGGUGCCGCGGAGCCAGGGUGGUCUACGACUAUAAGGUGACGGCGUAGAACUGGUCUUGGUCGAGAGAAACCACUGUAAGAGCAGCUCUGUAGGGGGGCAAGAAAUCAGUUUUUGGCCUCUUUAUAUCGGCUCGGUGACUUGAGGGAGAUGCACCCCCUGGCGCACUUUCCUUUGAACAACACUCAGUAAAGUUUUGGGAACUGAAGAGACACGUUUUUGAAGUGGAAUUCUUUCCCAAAUCUUGCUUGAUGUUGUUCAACAGUCUCCCGCCUCAUAUUUUAGCCUUCACACAUUUUCAAUGUCUGGACUACAGGCAGGCCAGUCUAGUACCCGCACUCUUUUACUAUGAAGCCACGUGGCUUGGCAUCGUCUUGCAGAAAUAAGCAGGGGCGUCCAUGAUAACGUUGCUUGGAUUGCUCCAAUACCUUCCAGCAUUAAUGGUGCCUUCACAGAUGUGUAAGUCACCCAUGCCUUGGCCACUAAUACACCCCCAUACCAUCACACAUGCUGCUUUUUACACUUUGCGCCUACAACAUCCGGAUGGUUCUUUUCCAGAGGACACGACGUCCACAGUUUCCAAAAACAAUUUGAAAUGAGGACUCGUCAGACCACUUUUCAAUUUUUGCGUCAGUCCAUCUUAGAAGAGCUUGAACCCAGGGACGCCAGCGGAAAUUCUGGGUGUUGUUGAUAAAUGGCUGUGGCUUUGCAUAGUCGGGCGGUAUAGCUCGGUUGGUAGAGCAGCCGUGCCAGCAACUUGAGGGUUGCAGGUUCGAUCCCAGCUUCCGCCAUCCCAGUCACUGCCGUUGUGUCCUUGGGCAAGACACUUUACCCACCUGCUCCCAGUGCCACCCACACUGGUUUAAAUGUAAACAUUAGAUAUUGGGUUUCACUAUGUAAAGCGCUUUGAAUCACUAGAGAAAAAGCGCUAUAUAAAUAUAAUUCACUUUUAACUUGCACCUACAGAUGCAGGGGCCAACUGUAGUUACUGACAGUGGUUUUCGGAAGUGUUCUUGAGCCCAUGUGGUGAUAUCCUUUACACACCGUUGUGGCUUUUUGAUGCGGUAUCGCCUGAGGUAUCCAAGGUGCGUCUUUCGUGCAGUGAUUUCUCCAGUUUUUCCUGAACCUUUGGAUGAUAUCACGGAGCCUAGAUGGUGAAAUCCCUAAAUUCCUUGCAAUAGCUGCUUGGGAAAUGUUGUUCUUAAACAAUUUGCUCGGGCAUUUGUUGACAAAGUGGUGACCCUCGCCCCGUCCUUGUUUGUGAACGACUGAGCAUUUCAUAUAAGCUUGCUUUUAUACCCAAUCAUGGCACCCACCUGUUGCCAAUCAGCCCACUCACCUUAGGGAUGUUCCAAAUAAGUCUUUGAUGAGCAUUUUCUUCGACUUUCUCAGUUUUUUUUGCCACUCGUGCCAUCUUUUUGGAAAGAUGACGCAGGCAUCAAAUUCCAAAUGAGCUAAAAUUUGCAAA